AUGUGGUUCUCACUUAAUGUGUUGGAGAAGGUUGGCAGUGAUAAAAAGACGGUAGGUUGCGAGUGUGUUAUUGCUACUGAAGAGUUGCAAACAUUGGGUGGAUUAGUGGAAACAGAUAUAAGAGUCGUUAGCGAAAGUGUGGCAGCAAUCAACGAGCAAAUUGAACAACUUGAAAGCUUGUUCCGAAACAUCGGUCGUACUAAGGAAUUAAUUAAGCAGCGUUUAUAUACCUUAUACAAAGCACCGCAUUUACGCCGCGUUUAUACAAGCACCACACACGAAGCUGUUCACCCUUUCCUCAUAAAAUUAUUAGUUGUAUUCCAGAAGAAGGAACUAAGGCAGAAAAACUUCAAAAAAACAAGAGAUGGAAAGAAGUGGAAAAAGCUUAAUAAAAACCGCAAAGAAAGGUUUGGAUUGCCGGAUUUUAUUGAAAUCGAGGAGAGUGAGGAUGACAGUCCAAUAGAAGUUUCGUCAAAGACGCAGUGCAAAAUGCCUCUAAUGGAAAACACUUCAAAGCGCAAGAAGGUGAGGAAGAAGGUAAGACAGCGGAAGUACAAAGUGAUCAAACUCAACGAAGGCGUAUAUAAGUCAGAGACCAAAACUUCAACAUUCAAAGUUAUUCCGUUGUCAAUGCCUUCACCACAACCAUCACUCAACUUCCGGGCUCAAUUGCUUCAAAAGAGAACGAAGAAUCAAAGGCUCACAAAAAUGGAGCAGGCCGGUUUGCAGCAUAAAAACAAAUGGUUUGCAGCAACAAGAUCAGCACGUCGAUGA